GCCAGGAGCAGCAUGCUGCAACUCGAACCUCACUGCCGUCAGUGCUGGGGGCUGUAAGAAGAGCAGCUGCAUUACACCUGCAGCCUCUUUAAGAGCACAGAGACUGCUGCAAACUGAUUCUUCACACGAUGAAGAGCCUCGCUUACCUCACGCUCGUGUUCUCUGCAGUCCAUGCAGGCCUGCUAAGAGAAAGACAAACCUGCCCACAGGUGUGUGCCGCCUCUCAGUGUCCUGCCCCACCGCACGCGUGUUACUACGGCCAGGUGAAGGACAUCUGCGGCUGCUGCGUGGUGUGUGCGGCCGGGGAAGGUGAAGCGUGCGGGAAGCGCAGCAGCGGCCACCUGUCCUGCGGUAACGGGCUACGGUGCGACUCAGGCCCGGGGAAAGCCGGAGGGUUCCACAGCCUGUGCGUGUGUGCCUCCUCCGGCCCGGUGUGUGGCAGCGACGGCAGGACGUACCCCAGCAUCUGCCGCCUGAGAGCCGAGAACAGGAGAGCCGAGCUCGGAGAGACCUCGCCAGUGUUUUUAAUCCAGAGGGGUCGGUGCGACUCUGGGGCACAGCAUCCAGGAAGUAUACGCUACAAAUUUAACUUCAUUGCAGAUGUGGUGGAUAAGAUUGUCCCAGCUGUGGUACACCUGGAGCUUUUUCAAAGAGUGCCAUUUUCCAGUGAGGAUGUCUCCGUGUCGAGUGGCUCUGGGUUUAUAGUGUCAGAGGAUGGCUGGAUUGUCACAAAUGCUCACGUGCUUGCCAACAAACAGCGGAUAAAAGUUGAGUUGAAAAGCGGCGUGCAUUAUGAUGCUGCGGUCAGGGAUGUGGAUCAGAAGAUGGACAUCGCUCUCAUCAAAAUCGAUCCAGAUGGUCCCUUGCCCGUGCUGCGUCUCAGCCAGUCCUCAGACCUGCGUCCAGGUGAAUUUGUGGUGGCAGUAGGAAGCCCUUUCUCUCUGCAGAACACUGUCACCACUGGCAUUGUCAGCACUGCCAAUCGCAACAGCCUAGAACUGGGCUUUAAGGACUCUGACAUGGACUACAUCCAAACUGACGCCAUUAUAAAUUAUGGAAACUCUGGUGGACCGCUUGUCAACUUGGAUGGAGAUGUAAUAGGCAUAAAUACUCUGAAAGUGGCAGCUGGAAUUUCUUUUGCCAUCCCUGUGGACAGAAUACGUCAGUUUCUUGCCGACUCCUACAACAGACAAGCCAGCGGAAAUUCACUACCAAAAAAGAAAUUCAUAGGUGUCCGGAUGGUACAGCUCACACCAUCUUUAAUCCGAGAUCUCAAGGAACGUGAGCCAGAAUUUCCAGAUGUGAGCUCAGGUGUUUACAUCUAUGAGGUAAUACCUGGAACAGCUGCAUCCAGGGGAGGUAUGAGUGAUCAUGACGUCAUCAUUGGCAUCAAUGGACAGCCUGUCCACACCACUCAGGAAGUGAGCGAUGCCAUCAGGCACAGCACCUCACUCUUUGUUUUGGUGAGGAGAAAGGAUGGGGAUGUUACGCUAAUGAUCAUCCCUGAAGAAACUGACUGAUACCACUGUCUGUCUGCAAGUAGCUGGGUUUCCAUCCAAUUGUACUGUGCAUUUCCAAAAAGCAGAAGUAUAAGAAUUAGCAGUGCCAAAAUGCUGCAACAUGCUAUUACCUUAGUUUUAUGGUUUACCUUUAGGAUGGUUACAGUUUCCUCAUCAUAGAAAAGAAGAUGGUUUUGUUAUAGUCUGAGGCAGUUUGAUUCUCAGUUAAAGUGUAAUGACUCUUUGCUUGUUUUACUUUGCUUUCAAAAUUGUUAGAAUUCUGAAACAAUUCACAAGUCCAGAAGAGCAAACAGUUGGAUAUCAGUUGGAACAGGGCACCAGUGAGACCAUAAGAUCUUUCAAUUAUGUAACAUGUUCAAAAUACCAUAGUGGCAUUUAUAAAGAUCUAUGCCUUUUUUUUCCUACAGCUGUCAUUUUCCUCAGCUGUCCAUUAGUCAUACAGAAACAACAAAAAUUCAGUUUAAUCAUCAGACGUACAAAUAAAUAUUUCCAGUCUCAAGUUAUGAAGUUAUGAGCACACUACUCAUAACUGACAGCACAUAUGUCUGGUUAGAUCAGCUGUUUAAUAGAAAACUGUAGGAAGGAAAUGGACAGCUAAAGUUAAAUUUGCCAAAACAGGUCUGGAUUUCUUUCCCAGAAAUUUAGAAACAUGUUUCUGUAGUGCAUUGCAUUUCUGCUCCUCAAACUUAAAAAAUUUUGUUUUUCACAAGCAGACAGCUAACUUUUACACUGGAUAAUCCACAGACACCACUGUGAAGAGUUAGAAAUACUCUUGACAGCGUGUUCUUGGAUUUCUUCAGAGUAAUAAGCAUGCUGGUCUUUUUUGCAUUAUCAGCCCAUACCCCAUUCAAUUUUGUGUGUUCCAAGUCAGUUUCACACUAAACUCUCUGUAAGGCCUCUGUCAGUGCGCCCCAGGGCAGCUGUGGCUACAAUGUAUCUUGCCAUCACCAGUGUGUGAAUGUGUGUGUGAAUGGGUGAAUGACUGAAUGUAGUGUAAAGCGCUUUGGGGUCCUUAGGGACUGAGUAAAGCGCUAUACAAAUACAGGCCGUUUACAGGCCAUAAGGUGUCAUGAGUAUCAUUAACAUAAUUUCCUGCUCUACUUUGUAGGCAAAUUUCCCCAGAAAUGUUACAGCAAAAUGAAAUAUAAUAAAUAGCUGUGUCAAUGUUGGCAGAGGACCUGAAUCAUUGUGAGAAUGUGUAGGUGUUGACACAGUUGUCAGGGGCACCAUCUUAUCAAAAUUGUGCUAUUUUAGUUGUUUUAUUUACUUAUAUUAAAAUCAUUCAGAUUCAUGAAUUUACUGAAAUAAAAAAUGUAGAAGAAAUUCUUGAAUGCCAUGAAUAUUCAGCAAGUAAACUUGGUGGGUAUACUGUGCACCACACAUUACAAUGAGCCAACAUUUGCAUUUGCACACUUCCAUGUACUGUCUGAAUUAUGCCAUAUAAAUUUUGUAGAGCUUUUGAAUACACUGAAUAUGAGUCCUGAAUAUACAGGACUCAUUGCCUAUUAUGUCAGUGUAGCUGACAACUAGAUUGCUAGAAGUUGCAUUACCAUUGCUCCUGACAAUAAAUAUAUUGUCCUCAUGUCAGCUGUUGUAUGGACCCACCCUUUCCAUGGUGAUCAUUGUGGGUGAAUAAGUGCAUUCAAACUAUCAAGCACAGGUAUGUGGAGUGCUCCAUGAGUAUCUGGAUGCUGUAUUUGUAACAGUCAAAAAGUUUUAGCACUUCUAGCUUUCACUGUAAGUGUCAAACUUUUAUUUCAGACAGAAGGAGAAUACUGUGCUAGCACAGAUGAUGAGGCCAGUCCUGUUAACUAGCUAACACCGGGAGAACUGUUAGGCAUCACAGAAAAACCUGUUCUGUUGGGCAUUUGUCUCAUGCUUGUAUACGUUUUUUUAAAUAUUAUUAUGUAUUAUCAGAGCCAGGAAAGAUUGUAAAUGUCCACAAAAUACAGCAGCUAGGACCACAUUUGAAAGAAAACAUGGUAAAUGGCACAAGUCAAGAAUGUGUACUACAUGAAUAGAUUUGUAGGGAGCAUAAUGAGCCACUUUGAAAAGUAGUAUUUGAGUUGAAACACAAUGACAUUAUUUUGAUAAAUAGAGAAUUUCUCAGUUGUUUAUCGUGCUGAGGUGGAUGCACUGGUAUCAACAAGUAGCUGGACCAAAAGUCUGGUUGGAUAAACUACCAUCCAGAGCUGUUCAUUUAUACAUGCUAUUACAAUUUCUAUUGAAGAUAUAAUAUAGUAUUUAUGUGGUGUUUUUAAAAUUUUUAAACUACCCUCUGAGUUGAACGAUUUUAAUACUAAGAAAACAGAAUAACAAAAAUACCACAGUCUAGCUAAAACAGUAAAAUCUUACAGGAAGUAAAGUCCUGUCCCCUUGUGUAUACACUGUGUUAUUACACAAAUCAAUUUACUUUGUUUAUAUAUUAAUUCUACAUGUUCAGCUUUGGUACUGAUUGAUAUCUUUUGUGUACAAUGAAUUAAUAAAAAGUUUGCUAAAAAACAAAUAACAAUGUGAUUUCUUGCAUAUGUAUCUCAAAGGCACACGCGUUUGCUAAUUACUUUGUCUUGACCUCAAUAGAAGACAUCUUGAGGUCAAGGAAAGAUAGGAAGGAAAAUUCAUAAUUGCUGUGCUCAGACUGCUUAAUAAUGUGACACUGGAUGUUUCUGACAGGAGUCUCACAUGUUGAAGCUAAACAUCCCAGAAGACAGACUACAAGAAGCACUUUUAGAUUCUUCACCUCUACAUGAAAUAACACUGUCCUUGCCAUGCAGGUUAUAUGAAAGUGGACAAUGUGCUGAAAAGUUAACUUCAUUUCCAAUGCAAGUGUUUUUAAUAAAGAACAA